AUGUCAGCAACUACUGCACAGAAUGAUAUAGCAAAAUCAAGCUCUCAUUAUCCUAAAAAACAAAGAAAAAUAAACAGUUUUUUUAACCAUUCCAUUGCAACAACAGUCCCUAAUCAGAAUGAACAAUUUGACCCUGAGAAUAUCUUUUAUAACACCACUUUACCUGAUCACUCUACAUCAGUAACAAAUAGUAUCUCAGCAGCAAAAUCAAAAGUACCUAUACAGGCAGAAUGUGUUUCUCAAGUCACACAUACAUCGUUACCUUUUGAUCAGAUCAUCUCCAAAGAUUUUGCACCUUUUGGACAGUGGUACAAAAGCUUCAAACUUGAUGCUGCUUGGUUGCAGAAACACCAUUCAGAACUGAAAGCAAUAAAACUGGGUUCUCGUAAAAGUCUAAAAUGCAAACUGUGCUACGAUAACAUUUCUGAAGCUAAAAAGUAUGCUCGAAAUGGUACUGUCCCAAUAGCUGAUGGUGUUCGGUGUGACGGCAUGCAACAGCUUCAAAAAACUAUUGAUUACUUGAAAGUUGAUGUACACAAUGAUUCAGUAACCAAAACGCUGUCAGCUUGGUCUUGGCCAAGUCGUUCACUAGCACAAAUGCAUGCAGAAAACCAAGUUAAGCAAUACAUUGAUCAUGGUCUUGAUUGUGACUUUGUGGCGUUUAAUCCACCCCAGUCAGCAUUGCAUUACAGAAAUCCUGACCGGUACAGAGAGAUAUUAUCAUUUGUGUCCAAGCAUGAAUUGAGCAGAGUUAUUCAAGCAUUGAAAAUCGCAGACUGUGUCGCCCUGCAAAUUGAGAAAUCUGUUGAUAAAUACAAUGCUGACAGUCUGUUUGUUACUGCCCGAUACAUGGACAACACUAAUUUUGAGAUGAAAGAUAGUUUUCUUGGUGAAUGCCACAGUGAGUUAAGAGGAGUAAUUGGGAUGGUCGAUGCUUUGCAGAAACGUUUCCAGUAUCUUGAAAUUGAAGAUGUCAUUAAAGCAAAGAUGGUGGGUCUUACGACAGAUGGGGAAAAUUCAAAUACUGGACGUCACGGAGGGUUGUGGGUAAAGAUGUCUGAAUAUUUAGGGCACAACAUGUUGACACUUUGGGGCAUAGCUCACAGAUCUGACCUGGCUUUUGAAAGCGUUGAAAACGUGGUUCCGGAGUUUCGUCAUUGGUUAACAGAUAUAAAAAAUGUCGCUACUUAUUUUCGUGGAUCAAGCUACCGACAAAAAACCUGCAUGAAAUUGCUGCAAGUUUGGGUGAGACUGCUAAAUAUUUUCCACGGCAUCAUGAAAAAUGUGCGUCUUGAGGUAAUCACAUGUGCAAAAAACUUCCUUGAGAGAAGGUUGGAUGUCGAUCAGAAUUUACAAGUAAAGGCAAUUAUAGAUGUUGCCAAUGCUGAAAAUGCUGAAGCAAUGAUCAAAGCCGCUGGUUCAAACAUUUCUUAUAACUUGUCCUCACAGCAUGAUCACGGAACGGAUAAUUUCAUGCCAAACAGAAUUAAAAAGCGACCUUCGAUCAUCUAUGUCGAGAAAUACUGUGAAUGA